AGCUUCGCUUACGUACAGCCCACGCUAAAGAAUAUCCGCCGAAAAUUGCUGUAAGAAUGUCCGACGCGGUAUCAGCCAAAACAAGCGCCUCUUCCAUCCAGAAAAUGCUAAAGCUGCGUCCGGCACGCGUCCAGGUGGACCCUGAGACGGCGGAGGACGACAGACCCGCACAAACCGGAACCACGUUCAAUAUCUGGUACUUAAAAUGGGCAGGUGGCGAUUCCACCCACACCUUUGUUAAAUCCAAGACCCGCUGUAUCACCGCCACGGACACCGGGUACACACGAGGCGACCGCAAUUCCGGUUCCUUUCUCUGCUACUUCUUUGCCAAGGGCUGCUGCCAUUUGGGCAAGAAGUGCGAGUACCUCCAUCGUAUCCCCAGUUCAUUUGACUCCUUUGCUCCCACGCUUGACUGCUUUGGGAGGGAGAAGACCGCGGACUACAGGGAUGAUAUGAGCGGAGUCGGUUCGUUCAACAAGAUUAACCGGACUUUGUACGUGAGCAACCUCGAGCCGAACUCCAAGCACCUAGAGACCACCCUCAACAAGCAUUUUGGCGAGUGGGGAAAGAUUGAGCGCAUGCGUGUGAUCCACAGCAAGAAUAUUGCCUUUGUUACCUUCACGACCGAGCUUGCAGCUCAGUUCGCAAAGGAAGCAAUGGCCAACCAGCUGUUGGAUGGGAAUGAGAUCUUGAGUAUCAAAUGGGCCAAUCAAGACCCGAACCCUGAGGCCCAGCAGCGCGAGAAGCGGCAGUUAGAGCAGCAAGCGGUCGAGACCGUCAAGCAGUUGUUGGGGAGCAUGGAUGAACCAGCGGAGAAGAAACAGCGAUUGGUGAUUGAAGACGUGGAAGAGGUGGCACCAGUCGUAGUAGAAUCUGCGGGCUUAUUUGAUAAAUCGUCGCUCGAAGUAUUGAAGCAGCUUCAGGCGUUGAAGCGACAGGCAGCGUCUAGUGCUGCGGUGUCAGUCGGAGCUCCAAAGUCGAUGGGUGAGUUACUUGGCGGAUACGAUAGCAGCGACGAUGAACAAUCAAGUGGAUAAUGUAUGACUGAGGUGAUAGAUAGAGAUUGCCAGUACCAAUUCAUAUAUUGACCCCACGCUUGGAUUGGUAGUUUGAGUUCUGAUACGUCAUACAAUAAUACUAAACCGGGGAUUGACAAUGCGUCGAUACGUCAGAGGGGAGAGGAAGCGUCAUAGAAUACAGAGCCCAUUGGGGGCGCUUACCACUCGUUAUUCUCGAUCAACUCAACACUAGCAAGAGUCAGGAAAUAAUUAUGAAAGGAGGUAGAAUAUAAAGCUUGUAUGCGG